GUCCUUGGAUGUAAACAAACCUAGCGACGGGAAGAUAAUUACCGGCACUGGAGCAUAACGUAAUACAGUUAGAACACUUAAAGGAAAGACGGACACAGAUGAUCAAUCAUGAGCUGGUUUUAAUAAGUUUGAUGAGUAUUUACGUUUACAUGAAAUGUAAUGGGAAGAAAUCAGCUCUAACAGUGCCAGUGGGUUGCCUUCGCUACAACAUCAAUCAGUGACAGCUGAUCGGAUGAUUUGUAUCUAGGUUGAAUUCAAGAGUUACAAGAUAGCAGAGGUCACCCAAAAUGAGUUCGCCCAUGUCGAGCCUAAAGAAAUCUCAUAAGACGCCGUUCAUGCCAGGCAAUGGGCAGAGACCAGUGCCCUUCAGAAAUCCAGAUUAUUCAGAGGAUGAGAGUCGGCUUUUGGAGGAAGUUACAUCAGGAAUGGCCUCCAGUAGACUGAAAGGGCGUGACCCCUUUGCUGGAGGCUUGCCGAAAAUAGAAAGCCGACACCCUUCGCAUCUGUACUCAGGAACCUCUCCAGGUCGAGAUCAGGGGCAUCCUGGUGCAUCUCCCUCGGAUCGUGAGCUGCUGAGUUUAAUGAUGUCUCGGGUGACACAGCUGGAAACAAAGCUGCAGUAUCACAGUAAAGAAACUACGGAAAAGGACAAAAGAAUAAGAGUGUUAGAAGAUAAACUGAAGAUACUCCAAAAGGCUCAAGGGGAAGGUAACUCUGGUGAGAAGGUUCAGGAGCUGGAGAAGAAAUGUCUUCUACUACAACAACAGAUUCAUGAGAUGGAGGCCUUCCUGUCUGACUAUGGCAUGGUAUGGGUGGGGGAGAAGGUUGACCCUGAGUCUGACGUGUAUAAUGACGAUGUUUACUCCAGCGGCGGCAGUGGAGGCAGUGAGGACGAUGUGUGGAGACCAGGAUCAUCAGUAUCAAGAACUCCUGCAUUCCACGUGGACUAUGACCGUAUUAUAGAAAACAUCCGGGACCUGAAUGUGCUGGCUGGCGAGGGGGUAGCUAAGAUCCAACACACCACAGAUGGAGCUAGACUGAGGAUUCAGGAUCCAACCCUGACCUUCUAUGCAAAUGGAAUCAUGUUGUUUAAGGGGCCAUUCCGACCCUUCUCGGAUCCUGAAACGCAGCUUUGUGUUAAAGAUCUCAAUGAUGGUUACUUUCCAUCAGAACUUCAAAACCGCUAUCCGGAUGGCGUGCCGUUUAAGGUGACAGAUUUACGCAAGGUAUCCUUCAAAAACGAGCGGCACCAGGAUCUGUUUACUGGAGCAGGGCAGCUGUUGGGGGGAGACACGAAGCCAUCUCGUCUCGUCCCCAGCAACCUGGACAAGUCUGUACAGCAUCAUGAUCUGACCUCUCAUGCUUCAUCCGAGUCUUCCAGUGAGGUCACAAGUCAACUUCCAGGCCCUCAGUUGUCCAUGGAACAGUUUCUGAACAAACUGCCAUCAUCUGUGAUAAAACAAGGGAAGGUUAUCGACAUCCGGAACUCACUGGGAGACCACAUGCAGCAGGGCAAAGAUAGCAAGACCAGCAGCGGAAUCGUUGUCGUGGAAACUGCAGUAACGACAGAGAUGAAGAAAAGACUGGAGGCAGAUGAAGGUAGUCGGCCACUGACGCCCCGAGAUAUAACCACUCUGAGAAUCAAGUCUGGGGACCAGACUUAUAUAGUCAAGAUGAAGUUCCAGAACACUGUGGGAGAUCUUCGUCUCUAUCUGAAUAAACAAAGACAUGGUUUACCUCAUUACCAGAUCAUGUCUGCAUACCCACAUCGUAUCUAUGACGACACCUCUUUGACCUUGGACGAAUGUGGCCUGACCCCUAAUGCUGUCCUUCACCUCCGUCCUUUAAAGAGGUCAUGACCUUGACCCUUACUGAAGUCUUAUCAGUUCUACGUCCAUAAAUUGAAUUGCAUAAUACCAUUCAUUGUUUCAAUGGCAAUAACUGAAGAUAAUGUUUUUGGUGAAGGUUUUAGAAUUAAUGAAGCAUUAUGGUCUGUUGUAAUUGAUACAGGGCAGAUUAUGAUUUGUUGUGAAUGAGCUUGUAGUAGCUGACUGGUCAUCGGUACAUGUUUGGCUCAAAGCUGUGGCUCAUAAAGAACACAAUGUCAAAUGGGAAACAGUGCUGUUUGUGCAAUGUAAGCUGAACUGUCAUUGCACAGAGAACUCACUAUAGUCCGUUUGGCUCAAAAGCAGACCGAUGAAUUGCAAUCUAACUCGAAAACUAAUAAACAUAAUACUCAA